GUCGGCCUCCCUCAGAGGCGACGAGGAGUACCCGGGGUGUGGGCGGGAGAGGCGAAAUAAAAUGUUGCUGCUGUUAAUCUGAUUGCCACGAAGAUCUGGAAGUAAAGAUGGUGCUAAAAGAGAUCCCAACUGAAUCCUUGUCUCGACCCCUCUCACGCAAUGAAAUAGUUGGUUUAAUAUUUCGUUUGACAAUAUUUGGUGCAGUAACAUAUUAUACCAUCAAAUGGAUGGUGGAUGCCAUUGAUCCAACAAGAAAGCAAAAGAUGGAAGCACAAAAGCAGGCAGAAAAACUCAUGAAGCAGAUUGGUGUAAAAAAUGUCAAGCUCUCGGAAUAUGAGAUGAGCAUUGCAGCCCAUCUAGUCGACCCCCUGAGUAUGCAGGUUACGUGGAGUGAUGUGGCUGGCUUGGAUGAUGUCAUUGCAGAACUUAAAGAUACAGUAAUAUUGCCCAUUCAAAAAAGGCAUCUGUUUGAAGGUUCAAGGCUGCUUCAGCCUCCAAAAGGUGUGCUUUUGUAUGGUCCUCCAGGCUGUGGAAAAACUCUUAUUGCCAAGGCCACCGCUAAGGAAGCGGGUUGUCGAUUUAUUAAUCUGCAGCCAUCCACCCUGACAGAUAAAUGGUAUGGAGAAUCUCAGAAACUAGCUGCAGCUGUUUUUUCACUGGCUGUGAAACUGCAACCUUCCAUCAUCUUUAUCGAUGAAAUUGAUUCUUUUUUGCGUAAUCGGUCCAGCUCAGAUCAUGAAGCUACAGCCAUGAUGAAAGCUCAAUUCAUGAGUCUCUGGGAUGGCCUUGAUACAGACUACAAUUGUCAGGUAAUCGUAAUGGGUGCCACAAACAGACCACAAGAUCUUGACUCUGCCAUUUUGCGAAGGAUGCCCACAAGGUUUCAUAUCAAUCAGCCUAAUGUCAAACAACGAGAAUUAAUACUGGAUUUGAUUCUAUUAAAUGAAAAGGUGGAUAUUCACGUGAAUUUGAAUGAAAUUGCCAGGGAAACUGAAGGCUUCUCAGGGAGUGACCUGAAAGAACUGUGUAGAGAUGCAGCAAUGUUUUGUGUCCGAGAUUAUGUGAACUGUUCUGAUACCGAAGAGAGUACUGAAGAGGAGAUUCGACCCAUCAAACAGCAGGACCUUCGAAAGGCAAUAGGAAAGAUGAGGCGGUCUAAAGAAGCUACUGUUCCAAAUGGUUUGAUGCAUCUCACUGUCGACUGAUAGACUUCUGUCCAAUUUCUGAGACUAUAGAUUAAGCUGCAUUGUUUUGCAUUACGGCUUUGCUGUAUGUGAUGGUUUCUCUGCUGUUGGGGAAAACAAUAUAAUGUAUGGGGAAAGGGGGAAAAAAAGUGGAGGUUUUAUUUGUUAUAUUUCUGGGAAAAUUCAGUGCCACACAUCAAACAAAUGUGUACCUAAACUGAACCAAACUUUGCAGGUCUGUAUUCACAAAAAACUUCACAUUGAUCUAUUGUGUAAUUCCUGUUUCAAUUGGAGUUGUGCAGAUACUUACUUGAAUUAGGAUUUUGUGUAUAUUGGUUCAGAUUGUGAAUACAUUAGUAUCAUUGUUUCAGAUUUAAUGCUAAAGGACUACUGUUUGAAAGAUAAAUAUUCUGUGGAAAACCAGAGUGGAGUUUUUAAAAACAAUAAAAAUAAUUUUAGACUGUAUUGUAAUCUACAUAAUUUAGUGUUUGUUUGAGAACUCUGGAAACUCUUAAUAAAUAAUUUGAAUAAACUGUUCAAAUUCAGUUUCUGACACUGGUUGAACCACAGGCUAUUUUUGUUAUUUCAUUACAAACUAGGUUGGCCAUGCUUUUUAAGUGUAUUUUUAAUUUUGUGUUUAUUGUAAAUUAAAUGGCUAAAAGUCUGUAAUUUCUUGCACAUCAUGUCUGUACUUCCUUACUUCAUUAUUAACUGGAACUUAAUGUGGUAGCCCUGUAAAUAUGUAUUCAAUGAUACUGGCAAGUUUACCAUUACUGUUGUCUUUAAAGACUUGCACAUGGCAGUAUCAAGCCUCAAGAAGGAGCACUAUUUCAGAAUUAAAUUUUUUUCAAGAGAUUGUGAAACUCAUGUGACCAACACAUUGUCUCAAAAUUCGCACAGCAUACAGAGGGGUGUGUGUGUGUAUAAGUGUGUGUGUAUAUAUAUAUAUAUCAAGUGAUUUUUUUGCUGAUAUUUUACAGCAUAAAAAUUAUGUAAUGUGUGUGGCACAUCAUAAGUAAUAAAAAAACACCAUUUAACAUGU